AUGCCACCUCCUCUUCUCGUCUUCUUCCUCCUCUUCCUCACCCCUGAGGGAGUCAGGCCCCAGAAAACACUGCUGGUGGAGGCUAAAGAGGGAGGCAAAGCUGAGCUGCCAUGCCUCAAAGGUCCCUCAGAUGGUCCCCCUGAGCAGCAGGCCUGGUUUCAGGGGGCUCAGUCAGAGCUGGACCCAGGUUCACAAGGCCUGGGCAUCCAGAAGGGGCCCCUGGGCCUCCAGCUCCUCAUCUUCAACGUCUCUGACCAGAUGGGGGGCUUCUACGUGUGCCAGCUGGGGCCCCCUUCUGAGCAGGCCUGGCAGUCUGGCUGGACAGUCAGCGUGGAGGGCAGCGGGGAGCUGUUCCGCUGGAAUGCUUCAUACCUAAAUGACCCAGGCUGUGGCCUGGGGAACAGGUCCUCAGAGGGCCCCAAGCCCUCUUCUGGUUACCCCACAAGCUCCCAGCUGUACGUGUGGGCCAAAGGCCACCCUGAGAUCUGGGAGACAGACCCUGACUGUGCCUCGCCCAGGGGCGGUCUGAACCAGAGCCUCAACCAAGACGUCACCGUGGCCCCUGGCUCCACAUUCUGGCUGCCCUGUGAGGUGCCCCCCGCCUCCGUGGCCAGAGGCCCCAUCUCCUGGACCCUCGUGCGCCCCAAGAAGCAUAACAUCUCAUUGCUGCACUUAAACCUGAGGGAGGAUGCCCCGGUCAGAGAGAUGUGGGUCCUAGACACCCUCAGGGGAGGGGCUGUUCUGUUGCUGCCCCAGGCGACCGCUCAAGAUGCUGGCACCUAUCAUUGUUACCAUGGCAACAUGACCAUCGAGAUGCAGCUGAAGGUCACUGCCCAGUCAGGUAGAGUUUCUCCCAAUUUAAGACACUGGCUGCUGGAGGCUGGUGGCUGGAAAGUCCCCGUUGUGCCAUUACUUUAUCUGAUCAUCUGCCUGGGUUCCCUGGUGAGCUUUGUUCAUCUUCGAAGAGCCCUGAUCCUCAGGAAGAAAAGAAAGCGAAUGACCGAUCCCACCAGAAGGUUCUUCAAAGUGACGCCUUCCCCGGGAAGCGGGGCCCAGAAUCAGUACGGGAACGUGCUCUCCCUUCCCACGCCCACCUCUGGGACGGGACGCGCCCUAAGGUGGGCUGCAGGCCUGGGGGCCGCCGUCCAGUCGUACGGAAACCCGCGCAGCGACGUACAGGAGGUCGGAGCCGCGGGGCCCCGGAGCCCGCCACCAGCAGGCCCAGAAGAAGAGGAAGGAGAAGCCUAUGAGGAGCCGGACAGUGAGGAGGGCUCCGAGUUCUACGAGAAUGACUCCAACCUCGGGCAGGACCAGCUCUCCCAGGAUGGCAGCGGCUAUGAGAACCCUGAGGACGACGCCUUGGGUCCCGGGGAUGAAGACUCCUUCUCCAGCGCCGAGUCUUAUGAGAAUGAGGAUGAAGAGCUGGCCCAGCCAGUCGCCAGGACAGCAGACUUCCUGAGCCCCCAUGGGUCUGCCUGGGAUCCCAGCAGGGAGGCAACCUCUCUUGGGUCCCAGUCCUACGAGGAUAUGAGAGGGAUCCUGUAUGCAGCCCCCCAGCUCCGCUCCCUUCGGGCCCAGCCGGGUCCUAAUCAUGAGGAAGAUGCAGACUCUUAUGAGAACAUGGACAAUCCCAAUGGGCCAGAACCAGCAUGGGGAGGAGGGGGCCGCAUGGGCACCUGGAGCACUAGGUGA